AUUAAUACAGAAUUGUUUGUGGAAGAUUAGUAAAUAAAUAAAACUUUUUAAUUUUCUUUUAUACUUUUACUUUGAUUUUAACUUUAUCGUAUCUCUGUUUGAAGUUGAUCGAAAGGAAAAUAUGAUAUCUGCAGUGUGAUUUCAUAACUUUUACUAAUCCAAAACAUUUUAAGUGGCUGUAUUAAAAGUUUUGAAUUGUAAACGUAACCUGUGGGUAACAUACCGUGUGUGUCAUGUACUGUGAAUUUUGAAACAAACGCUACUACAGUUUCCAAGAUUUAGAGUGGUCAAGAUUUGCAGAGAGUGUCAAUAUGAAAGACGUGCUUAAGGUGUUCAGGACGAACUGUUAUUUUCUUACAGUGCUAUCGCAUGUGCGUUGCAGCACUUGAAUCAGUAGAAUAGUGAUAUAAGACUGAGAAUGAAGGAUCAAAGGUGAAGGAGCGUCAGUAGUCACCGUGGAGCACCUGGUGGGAGGCGGUGGCGCGGGCGGGCUGCUGCCCGGCGCCUCGCCCGCCCAGCAUCCGCCGAACAUGCUUCAGCCCAUGGAAGAGAUGAUCCUACCACCCAAAAGACAAGCUGUUGUUGAUCGACUCCGACGUAGAAUAGAAACGUACCGGCGGCGGCAGUCAGAAUGUGUGCCGCGAUUCGACCAGUCGUUCACCGGCGCGUGCGAGCAGCAGAACUUGGAGACCAGCGCCCUACAGAAGCGCUUCCUCGAAGGCAAGGCGAAGCGGCAAGCCAAGAAGACGGACCGCAAGCCUGAUCUGCCCGCUAUCAGUAGCAAUCUGCACAGCAGUGUGCAUGUGAGCUGUCAACAAAAAUUCGGAUGCGGGGACUAUGAGCCACCGGCCAAGUUGCAGUGCGGCGGGCCCGGGAGUGGUGCGGGAGAGGGCCUCACUAAGUUCUCCGUGGAGAUUGUGCAGCAGCUAGAAUUCACCACCUCCGCUGCGGACUCGCAACCGCAACAAAUUUCCACCAACGUGACCGUCAAAGCUCUCGCGAAUGCUGUUAAAACUUCUGGCUCCCCGCCGCCACCUCAGCCGCCUCGGGUCCCGUCGCCGCUGGACUGCGAACGAGAAUGUAAAGCCGAAUGCAAGUCAGAAGUGGCCGACGACGAGUUCGUCGGACUCGACGAAUGCGCCGCGGCCUUGGAACGCGACGCGGCCUCUGCUUUCCCCGGCCUGGCCGAUCUGAUCGGCGAGGACGACGGCGACGAUACGUUUGAAGACUUGAUAACUGAAAUAUCGGAGUACCCGGAGUUUAUGAAAGAUUUCGAUCUGGACGCGGGCAAACUGAACGGUGGAGGCGGUUUGGCUAACAGCUUGGAGCCAAACGAGGGAGAACCCGCGAGGCCGUACAACGGUGGCGAGAUGUCCCCGGCGGCGCAGACGCUGAAGCACAUGGCAGAGCAGCAUCAACAGGCAGCCGGUGGGGACUGGUCUCGGUACCGCGGCUACAGCGGCUACCGGCCGCGCCCGCCCCAGCCUGCCAUGGACCACCUGCACAUGUCGCAGCAGCAGCAGUUACAUCUCACGCAGCCUCAUCACAAUCUACAGGUAUCGGCGGCGCAGCACAUGCAAGUGAAUAGCGCGGGCGCAGGCGGGCACGUGUCUGUGGCCGCGCAGCAAGGCAUGUACGCCAACUUUCAGCACCAGGGCACGCCAACGCCGCAGCAUCAUCAAGGUAGCGGUUGCGAUACGUAUUCAAUGUCGCAGUCGCAGAGCCUCAACUUCUCGCAGGCGAUGCGCGGCCGCCCAACCGGGACACAGCAGCAGCCCGCCGGGCCGCAGCAACCGCCUCUAGGUGUAGCAGCGGCCGGCAUAUCACGUGAGCAGCAAGCCAAGAUGCUGCAGCAGCAACAGCAGCAGAUGCUGCGCGCGCAGCAACAACAGAUGCGGCCGCCGCCGCCCGAGUACAAGGCGCGCUUCGCCGCCGCCCCCGCGCCCGCACCGCGCCGUGCGCCCGCGCCCCGCGCCUUCGCCCCGCACGCGCGACAGUACGCGCCCGACUGGCGCCACGUCCUCAUGCAGCAGCAGCCGCGCCAACAGUUCCCGCACCACCACCAAGGUGGAGGAUUCGGCAUGACGGGUAUGGGCGGACUGACACAGCAUCAGCAGCAGCAGCUGCAGCUGCAGCAGGCGCGCCUACAGCAACACCAACUGCUGCAGCACCAGCACCAACAGCAGCAACAGCAACAACAAAGGGCAUCCAGCCAGCAGCAGUCGCCGAUGUCGCAUCUCAUCAUGCAGCAGAACCAGAUGAUGAGUGUGCAGGGUCAGAUGCCGAACAUUCACAUGAGCCAGUCGCAGAGUAUGUCUAUGCAGCAAGCGGGUAUGGGCGGUAUGGGCUCGCACCAGACCAACCCCAUGCAGAGCAACCCUAUGCAAAACAACCCCAUGCAGGGCCAGACCGGCUCCAUGCACGCUCAGACCAACCCCAUGCAGAACUCCAUGAUGGCUCAGAACGCUCCAAUUAGUCAGAACAAUAACUCGAGUCACGCCUUCCCCUCGCUCCACACGUCUUCCUACUCCGGACCUGCAGACUUCAACUUUGACUUCCUCGACAACAUGCCUUCCUCAGACACCAGCAACCUCACCGCUCAAGAACUAUUGAACUCACUAGAUAACUCCUUCCUUAACGAUAUCUUGUAGAUUCUUUACAUUUUACUGUAAUAUUUUUAUAACCUGUUCGAUUUAGUAUGAGAUUUCAUUUAAACAAGUAAAAUAUAGUCAAUGACUU